UGGUCCUAACUGAUCCCAGGUCGGUGGUCUCUUGGUGCGCCCCGCCGUUGACCACGUGUCUGUAUCCGGCCUCAGAGCUCCAUGUGGUGCAGCAAGAUGGCGGCGCAGUGGAGGGGGAAAGACGGGGAUUUAAAUGCCGGUUCAAGGGACUUUCUGGUCAGCAACUCUCUCAAUGAGUUUGUCCUCAGGCAACAUGAUGUGGAAGGUAUCGAGAUGGACUCACAGUCCUGCAUGGACCACUCCAUCUUGGCCAUCUUUGAAGACUCCACUGUCACAUCAGAGGAUAAAAGUGGAGUGGAGGAGGAGAGUGAAAACCUGCUGUCAGCCCUGACAGAGAUGUUGGACAGUGUGGAGGACGACGACGGCACAUCGUCUCCCUUUGACACUCUGCCAGACACAAAGCUCCUCACACACCCGGAGCGCAGGGACAACUCAGUGGAAUCAUCGCUUGCUGAGAGACUUCGACCAAGAUCCAAAUCUACAAACGUACAAUGUGCAGUAAAAAUUGAAGGAGAUGAAGAGGACGAGAGUAAAAAAGGGAGAAACGGCUCUCACAAGAUGUUAAAACACCAAAGUGAAUCAUUGUUUUGUUGUAAGAAUAGGAAAGCCGAGCCUGAAGUCGAGGUCUUUACCUCCUCCACUCUGGCCAACCUGGUGAAGAUCAUGCACUCCUACUGCCUGAAGCUGCAUGUGGAAGAGGAAGAGGAGAAACUGAAGAGAAAUCACACAUUAUUCUCUCAUGAGGAGGUGUGGAAGUACGAGAGACCCUCUGAAGAGAGCGAUGAAGAGAUAAAUGUUGUGUCUGAUGAUGAGGUCACUGUGAAGGAGACGAAGCAGAUCAAAGAGGGAGAUAAUGGGAAACUGCUGAAGAGUGUGUUGUUGAAUGGAAUCUCAUCCAAAGCUUCGCAAUCCAGAGAGAAGAAGAGGGUGAGCUUUGGCCCUGUUGAAGUGGCUCCAUUUGAUGAACCAGAGGACCAAGAGCCGCUGAAUGGGAAGAAUUUAACGAGUCAAAUUGUGUCAAAAGCUCUUGAAAAUCCAGCUGGCUCAGCACUUGAAUCUCAAAGACUUACCUCAGACAUUAGCAGCAACACCGCUGAGGUUCCACCACCCAAAGGUGAGACGAAGGCCAAAUCACUCAGCCUCCAGCAGUACAGACAGCUGCGCCAGAAGAGACAGCCCCUGGUGGAGAAACAGGGUAACUACACCACCAAGUGGCCCUCUGUCCCUGAGCCCCCUAAAGAGCUGACCCCCAUCCUCUGUUUACAGGGACAAGUUCAGAUCAGCUGUAGACCAAAGACAGCGAAUAAUCCCCCAGAUGUGCAAAGUCCCAGUGCAGACCAGCUCUGUAGAUCUUCUGUUUACAAAACCCAACACACCUCUACUCCACCCAGACCUCAGCCCUUAGAGGACAAACCAUCCACCCAUGUACAGCGCAGCAGAUUAAAGCGUCCAAGGAAUGAAUCCAAAGUCCCGUCACCGGCCAGUCCAGCACAGCGGGUCCCCGCUAACACUGAUGUUACUGCGCCUGAUAGUAAAAGAAGUCCAGCAAAGAAAGCGGCACCGCUCAGUAUCGAUCCCCCAAAUCCUGUCCUCCUCCCACUGCCAGCCAGCCAACCUAUACCUCCACCCACCCACCACUCCUCAUCAGGGUCUAAAGCUGAGAUCCUCAACAAAGACUCCAACCAGCUGAACGCCAUGCACUCCCAACAAAUCCAAAACGUGUCCUCAGGUCCAGCACUUCAGCAACAACCAUCCUCAUUAAAGCCAAAGCCUGAAGUGUCCCAACAUAACACAGAGGUCAUAAACACUUGUGGCGAGACGGCUUCAGUCCUCUCUGAACCAAAGACUUCAAUGCUGGCCGCCACAGAUGCUCCUGUCUCUUUAAAAGAGACACCAGCAGACGCUCUCUUCAGUGAAUCCUCACCUGAUAAAUUAUCACCUGCUGCACAGUCGGGCUGUGGAGCGGAGAGUGCUGCUGAGGACUCAGGUAUUGAAGCGGCUGAUGUGACCAGCCUGCUUGAACAGUUUGAGGAAACACAAGCUAAAGAGAGGAGAGUGGAGCCAGAAGUUGUUAGUGCUACCUCAUCACCUAACUUGCAAACAGAUGGACUCUUGGACAAGACCCGGCACCCUCUCCUGACACCCCGUGUGGAAACAUGUCAAGCAUCAAGCACUUCAGACUCAAACCUCAGGGAUCCACAACUUCUAACCUCAGAGAGUGUCGACAUCCCUGAACCCCUCGGCACUGAAAUCAUUCUCAGCACUGAACGAGAUCCUCCAGCAAGACGCAAAAAUCCUCCACCCAAGGCCAUCCAGAUCAUUGACCCCCGUCCUCGCCCCCCCAAGAAGACACACGCCAACCUCCCAGAGCUGCCUGCUGCUCACAUCCUCUCAUACAUAUCCUCAGAGCACGAUUACUGUAGACUCACUGCAGACCGCGCACUUUCAUCCAGUACUCAGGUUAGCAGUUCAGCUGCUGAGUGUAAAAACCAGACCUCCACAGGUGGAGCUGAUACCACCAUCAGAGCUGCUAGUUCCUCUCCUAAUUCUGUACCGCAGCAUCCACCUGAAGAACCCAGGACCAGAUCAGAAGCAGAUCUAACCUCAGACAAAACGCUCUUGCUCUCAGAUGUUUCCGCCAAAGAGAAGGACUGUUGUAGUGCACCUGAGCAGAAGACACCUCCGUGCAGCCUCCCCACACCUCCACCCAGCCCUCCAGCCAGAGGGAGGGAGAGGAGGAGAUAUCGAAGGAGAUCUCCUUGCUCCAGUUCCAGCUCAUCAUCAUCAUCAUCAUCAUCAUCGUCCUCCAGCUCAGCAUCUCGCUCUCCAAAAAGACAAAAGCGUCACCACAAGCGUUCAGAGAGCAGCUCGAGUUCAUCCGGCUCUCGCUCCAUUUCCCGCUCUCCACCUCGGCGCCGCAGGUUGUCUUACACCAGAACCACACGCAGCAGGUCUAGAUCCUGGUCCAGGUCUAGGUCCCCAUCCAGAUCCAGAUCUCCGUCCCCACGGAAAUGGAGAGAUGUUUACUGCAGCAGAGAGUCGAGGCGGAUCAGGCGAGAGCACGAGAUCAGGAUCCAAAAACUCAAAGCCAUUGACGAGCGCAGGGUGGUGUAUGUCGGCCGCAUCUGCAGGUCCAUGACCCACGAUGAACUGAGGGAACGCUUUUCUCAGUUUGGAGAAGUGGAAUGUGUGUCGCUUCACUUUAGAGAAAGAGGGGAUCACUACGCCUUCGUCACGUUCUACAACAUGGACGAUGCUUUUGCAGCCAUCGAUAACGGCGGGAAACUACGGAAGCCUGACGAGCUCCCGUUUGACAUCUGCUUUGGCGGAAGAAGACAGUUCUGUAAUUCAAAUUACGCUGACCUCGAUGCAAACAGAGACGCUGAGCGAUCUCCCGCACAGAGCCGGUUCGAUGACCUCGACUUUGAUUCGCUGCUGAAACAGGCGCAGAGAGGAAUCAGGGGGUAGCAGAUCUGUGUGUCGGGACAAGACCACCAGGCAGGAUGGCAGAAUGUAAAGGAACAUUUUUUCAUGAAGCUCAGAGCCGCUUGUUCUCCGUUAUGUAGCAAACUUUUGUAUGUUUUUAAGUUUUUGUCUGUUUGCAUGCAGAUUUUAACAUGUACAGUAAAUGUGUAAAAAAAUAACUCGCUCUGACAAAUUGAUUACAUUUAAUAAGUAGAGGAACUCACAAAGUAAUUUCUUUGCAUUCCAUAACACUGAUGACAUUUUAUAUUUGUAUAUGAAAAUAAUAAAGGAGGUUUAUUGUGUUUCCUUA